AGAUUUUUCAGCAAAAUGCACACCCAAUAUUUUCCGAAUCGGCGCCCUGGCCGUAUCCAGCCCCUUGGAAUCCAACAAAACACCAUCUAUGUCUACGUAAAAGUGAAACAUGUUCUGGAAUUCUACGCAAUUGACAUUCGUCUACCGUAUCAUUGGCAUCAAAUUGCAAAACUAAAUAUUAGUGAGAUGUCCUACACAUUUUCCACAUUAUCACCGGAUUUUCGGUACAUCUAUGUGCUCUUUUUGAGAGUGGCGCGAGAAAUGGCAACGUUUGCUGUGCAAAGAUUCGAUUUGGAGAAUAAUGGAACAGCGGAUUUGUUUCUCCUCAACGCAGCUGAAGAGCUCUACCGUGUAUUUGAAGUGCCACUGGACAGUGUGACGCUCAGAUGUGACUCAGGCGGACAGCUUGUUCUCUACGACAGAUCCAUUGUCCAAGGAGAAAUUCCAUUUUGGACGAUACGGUUGGAAGAAUCUACAAAAACAUUUCGAAUCUUGAAAAAUUCAAUUCCAACGGCAGGAGAUGACACCGAACGGAACAGUGCACUUUUUACAAUUGCAGUGGAUCCAGUGAAUCGGUGUUUCGCUAAAUUAAUGAGCCCCCGAACUAUGCUGGUGUACACCGAAGAACGAAAACGCUGGGUGGAAUACCAUAUUCCUGUCGAACAAUCCCUCCAGGACAUUUUCGGAUCGGAUGGGUUUCCUGUGGAGGAAAUACGUGGCAUCCGAGAGACUUUUGGAACUCACGGACAUCGUAUGGGUGCACUGCAAACUCGGUUGACGUUUCAUGAUUUGAAUGAUGUAUUGGUGGCGAGAUGUUUGCAUUUACAUUGGAAUACGACAGCUACUGUCGAGUUUGACCAUGUCAAUCGAGAAAUUCAGGUUCGGUUGCUUGCCAAGUUCCCAUUAGACGACGAGGUGACCCGUAUGUUUUACCUUAUUGCAUCAAAGGAACAUCACGUGUUUCUAGGGGUUUAUGAUACUGCAAUUGUUCAUAUUAAGAGUCCAAAACUAGAAGAAAUCGUUGGGUGGAGAAUGCAAAAAAUGCUUAUGAGAGAUGGCCAUAAAGAUGAAGUUUUACAAAUUUCAAAUUACCGUCAACUUCUUGCACUUGCGCUGACAAAAUAUGCUGACAAAGAUGAAGAUUUGGCUGAAAAUUUGAAGAAUUUGGGUAUCGAGCCGCCGAGAAAGAAGCUGGUAGUGAUGGAGAUAGAAUUGGAUUGAAAUUGCAAAAAUUCAAACAUUUUCGGUAAAAAUAAAUGAUUUAUAUGUAUACA